AUUGUGGAAUAGAAUACUCAACAAAGGAAUAAAUUAACUGAAAUAGUACUACUUUGUAGUGCAUACUACAAGUUGCUGGAUAAACUUUGGGAGUGCUAUUAUCUGAGGGAGAGACAGAGAAAAAGAAAGGCCAUCCCUUGUAACUUGAACUCUGCUUUACUCCAACACCACCGCCACCACCAGCAGCUGCAGUACUGAGCCUUUUCAGAUAAAGAAAAUAUCUUUUUUUCUCGGCAAAAUGCAAGGAGGGAUUCAUGCCAUUGUCUCACACGGGAAUAUCCUUAGGAAUGCUAUUCUGCAGCAUGUUCGUGUAGUCAGUCCAGUAAUGCGGUCACUUGUGUUUGCAAGACACGAGUCAACUUCAGCUGCUCAAAUGGAGGAGCAUGGUUUUGAAAGUACCAAAAUAUCAGAUGUUUUAAAAGCCAAGGGGAAAGGUGCGGAUGGCUCCUGGCUCUGGUGUACCACAGAUGACACUGUUUAUGAUGCAGUGAAGUCGAUGACGAACCACAAUGUUGGAGCCUUAGUGGUAGUAAAGCCUAAAGAGCAAAAUGCAAUCGCUGGCAUCAUCACAGAGAGAGACUAUCUCAGGAAAAUCAUAGUACAGGGAAGAUCGUCCAAAUCAACAAAAGUUGGUGAUAUCAUGACUGAAGAGAACAAGCUUAUUACUGUCACACCUGACACCAAGGUCUUGAAAGCAAUGCAGUUGAUGACUGAUAACCGCAUCAGGCACAUUCCGGUGGUUGAUAAUAAAGGGAUGGUAGGCAUGGUGUCUAUUGGAGACGUGGUUCGUGCUGUAGUGAGUGAGCACCGGGAUGAAUUGGACCGCUUAAAUGCUUAUAUUCAAGGAGGAUAUUAGAAGAAGAAGAUGAUGAUGAUGACGACAACGACGACGAGGAGUCGAGAGUGCGGAAGGGUUGUAAAUAUUCUCUUGUAUGCAUCGCUUUAGCCUGCGAUUUACCUGCAAGAUGCAGCCUAUGGCUUGAUUAGGUUUCCAAUAAUAGCAUGGACUCUGAAGCCGCUUGCACCUGUUUUCCGUUGUUUGUAGCCUUUCCAUUUGCUGCUCUUUGGUAACUUCAAAAUAAUAAGUUUGACAGUUAUCUUUGAA